AUGCAUGAAAUUCUUACUCUACAACUGGGGCAACGAGCAAAUUACCUGGCUACGCAUUUUUGGAAUCUUCAGGAAUCAUACUUCACAUACAGUGAAGCGGAAGAAACACUAAUCGAUCAUGAUGUCCAUUUUCGACCUGGCAUUGGGGCGGAUGGGUCGGAAACUUACACUCCGAGGACGCUGGUUUAUGACUUGAAAGGUGCUUUUGGGUCCCUACGCAAGCAUAAUGCCCUCUAUGAGUUGAGCACAGAUGCAGAUCCCGGGCAAGGCCUAUGGGACGGAAAAGAAGUCAUACAGCGACAAACACCAAUCAUCCCGAGCGAGUAUCAAAAACACCUGGAGCAAGGGCUUCCGGCACCGGUUCUCUCCUCCGAUACCGUGCGCUACUGGUCAGACUAUAACCGGUUGUUCUAUCAUCCGCGUUCAAUAGUGCAGCUCAAUGAUUACGAGUUGAAUUCAAAGAUUAUGCCUUUCGAAGAUUGGAAUGUCGGGGAAGAUUUGUUUGGAGAACUGGACAAAGAGCAUGACCUACUCGACCGAGACUUGAGACCUUUUGCGGAAGAAUGCGAUCAAUUGCGAGCCCUCCAAUUAUUCACAAGCUCCGAUGAUGCUUGGGGUGGAUUUGCCGCAAAGUAUGUGGAUAGGCUAAGAGAUGAAUUUGGUAAAAAAGCUGUUUGGGUAUGGGCGAUCGAAGGUGGAAAGAAGGUUCAAAGACACAACCAACUUAAGCGCGAUAUGAACAAAGCACGAUCUAUACACUCCAUCUCCCCACAGUCGUCGCUGUACGUGCCUAUUCUAGACCCACCGACUCGUCUCCCCAAAACAAUUAGCCUCGACGCUCAGUCGGAAUGGCAGACUUCAGCACUUAUCAGUACUGCGAUGGAGACGGCGACGCUACCCACCCGUCUUCGUUCUUAUACGGAUUUUGAGACAUCUCUAGCAGGAGAAGAUGGCUCCCACAAGAUUUUCGAGCUGCAAUCUAAGAUACUGCCUGAGGACAUGAGCAAUCAUACACGACCCUUUCAAAAUCCAGAAGAUCGGGGGACACAUAAAUCGAAAGGGGAAUCCUCGAAAGUUAGGAGAGAGUUUGACUUGGACUUCUCCUAUGAUGAUCCGAACAACGGUGACUCGCAUAUAUUCAAUCAAGUUCAAGUUGGCCGUGGAUAUAGUCCGGAGAAAGAGGUGCCCGAAUCCAGGAAAGAUCUUGGGUUAAAGCGCAAGGAACGCUUUUAUAACUCUGAACCAAUGCUCGAAAGCUUUUACAUCCCACUAGCAUUCCCCAUCUUGGACAGCUCUCCUCGCAACAUGUUCUCAGUGAGGCAUAAGGACGCAAAGAUCAACGUCCUUGCAGCGCUGACUGCUUCAUCGCGAACAGCAACAAAGCUCAAGGCUAUGGAAGCGGUGGCUGGGCGGGUUAUCGGAGUUGAUGAACGAGAGAAUCUCGUUAAUGGCCUGGGAGAGAUUCGUGAAUCUUAUGAGACAGUGUGGAUGAGUGAUUCAGAUUUCGAUGACGAUUGA